AUGAAGGCGCAUGUUGACUGAAUGGCAGCUUCAGUAGAUUGUGUGGGUCAGCAGCUUUUACAGAGUCAGUGUGCGGUGUGAAUGAGCUCGUUUACCGUGAGGUGACAGAGAUGUUUUGGAGCUCGGCGGGUCAGCGGACAUGUGUGGGACUCCUCCGCUCCUGGUGCCUGACGGUCAGUCCCGGGACUCUCGCAGCCCCGCGAUGCCUCUCCGUCUCUUCCUGCGUGAAAUCUGCGGUGACCCCAACACACGAAGAGGGGAAGAAGCAGCCGCUGAAGCAGUGGGCUCUGGACGUGAGCCCCUUCAGCACGGUGCGGGCACAGCUGGGCUGCAGCAUCUCCAUCCGCCCGCUGGACCCACACGCCUUCCCCGAGGCCGACCGAGCCUUCGUCAUGGUACACGGAGCCGGUGCCGAGCAGGAGGUCAGCCUGGAUCACCUGCACGUCCUCUACGACGACCAAAGCCAAGAGCUGCUCAUCUCUGCUGAGCAGGUGAACAGCAGCCUGUCGAUUGAUCUGACCGCACCAAUCAAAAGUAAUCUCUUCAUUACCACUCAAGGAAAAGGUGACGUGCAAGUGAAGAAAAUGGAGUGCGAUAUCUGCAAGGUGCAGACGGAGAAAGGCAACUGUUUGCUGCACUCUGUCAAGGGUCAUCACGUUGAGGUUCAGUCCCGUGGAGGACAUGUUACAGGUGUGGGCACUAUCCAUGGCAACGUGGACAUCAGCACAUGUGGAGACAGUGCAGUGGAUGUCAAGAAGCUGCAGGGCACCAAGAUGAAUGUUUCAACAGAACACGGUCCUCUGAGGGUUAAAGCCAUCUAUGCGGAGUCCAGCUGCAUCUCCUCGUGCUCUGGCAAAGUAGAACUGGGGCAUGUACACGGUAACGCCACUGUGAAGAACGUAUCUGGAGAUACAGUUAUAGAUGGUUCAAAUAGUUUCCUGAAGGUUUCCUCUCACAGCGGAGGCAUAGAUGUGUAUGUGGGAGACGGUGGCAGUGCUGAACUCCACAGCCAGGAGGGAGCCGUGUGUGUGCGCGUCCCCUCCUCGUUAAGAGCAGGGGUGGAGCUCUGUGGAGUAUCGGUGGAUGUCAGCCCAGAGGUUGUUCUGCAUGGAGUAGAAAACAACAAAACUGAAGGCCAAACCACAGUCACUGGCUACAUGAACGGAGAAUCUCCAGCAGACCAGUGGGUUAAAGUUCAGGCAGACAGAGGCUCUGUCCGCCUGAAGACGCAAAGCUGGUUUGAGUCCCUGAAGCUGAGAAGCUGAAUGGCGAGAUUUAUGCCACAUCACCGCACUGAGGCUUUACUCUGACACCGGAUGUAUCUUUACGUUGCCUAAGUAUUUCAAAUUCUGUGCUCAGGUUAUGCUGUACUUUCAAUGAGGAAAGUCUGUAUCAUCUAUAAGUAUUUAACAAUUAUUCUAUGUUAAUAUUCUGUACAUACACUGAGUCUAGGAAACAUACUGUGUAUCUGCAAACCGGUGUUGGUUUGUGCUGAGCUGUCAAAUGGUUAUGAGUGCUAAUUAGAAACAGCUUGUUCAUAUUUUUGUAUGUUUACUAUCCAGUGAUUGUAUGUUAUGGCAGUAUGUAAAUACUAUAAAAACUAUUAUUGGAAGUCUCAA